AUGGGAGACGUUGUCACCAUUCGCACGCGCAGGGUCGUCACCAACAAACUUCUGUACAGGAAGCAAAUGGUCUGUUUUUUUUUUCGAGUUAUAAAGUGUAUUUAUUUCUUGAAUUUAUUGACGUUGGAGAAACAAAACAUGUUUCAAAAUGCACAAGCGUUCUUAUUGGCGCACCAAAGUUGAACAGUACUAAUUUUUGUUUUGGAACAAUUUUCGUUUUUUUCCGAUGAACAUAUGAUUAUUUUUGUGAAUUUAUGAAUUUGAACAAAAAAAAACAUAUUAAGCUUAUAAGUGUUUCACAUGAGCUAGUUAAAAAAUUACUUCAGUUUUUGUUUGAUUAAGUUGGUUGAUCGCGCUUUGAGAUUUUAAAAUAAAAGUGCUACUCGAAAAUAUCAUAAUUUUCAAGAACUGUUUCCAAUGUUAACGACAUCUCUCCAUUUUCACGAAGCAGUUUAGGUUGUCGAAAUCAUCCACCCAGGACGCCCAAAUGUCCCCAAGGCCGACAUCCGCGAGCGCAUUUCCAAGAUGUACAAAACCACCCCCGACACCGUUAUCCCCUUCGGAUUCGAGUCAAAGAUUGGAGGUGGAAAGACCAAGGGAUUCGCUCUGAUCUACGACACCGUUGACUACGCCAAGAAGUUCGAGCCCCGACACCGAUUGGUCCGCGUGAGUUUUCCAGAAUUUUUUUUUCUGAUUUUUUCGUCAUGCUUAUAUUUCAAAUUGGUUCAUUUUUUUAACUUGAACGUCGAGAUUUUUAAGAAUUUUUUUAUAUUUAAAAAGCUGGUUAGGUGGCCAAUAAAGAGCAAAAAUGCUUUUUAUCUUUUUUUGUUGAUACAGGAAUUCGUUUCGUAAACAAGAAGUAUCUGAUUCAUAAUAAUUAUAGCUGCUGUAAAGAAACAAGGAUUAAUUUUUCAAUAUGUUUGAGAUAUAUUUAUUGAAUUUUUUUAAUGAUAAUAUUAUCGAAGUAUUUGAACAUUGGGAACAAAGUAGUUGAGAAAUUUUUUUAAAUAGUCAUUCCUUUAAUUAUUGCUGUGUUCAAAGUGAUACCGCGAAAUUCAGAAUAGCCACCCGAGAGGGAAGAAAGAUAAUUGCAAGUAUAUACGAGAAUCAGAAAAUAGGUAAAUAGAUAAGAUGUUAAGGUGGUGAACGUAUAUAGUUUGGAGGAAUGCAUCGAGGGCGACCCAUCUUAAAAACUUUGGAGAGCCGCAGAUAAAUUUGAUUUUCACGAAAAAUUACUUUGAAUACGGCAUCAAAUCUUGGAAUAUGUAUUGCUUAAAAAUAAUUUUAUCAUUUUGAUCCUCAAAAAGAUUUUUUUCAGAUGGGACUCGGCAAGAAGGUUGAGAAGCCAGGACGUAAGCAACGUAAGGAACGUAAGAACCGCCAAAAGAAGGUCCGAGGAACGGCUAAGGCUAAGGUGUCGUCCGGAAAGAAAUAAGUCGGCACCCUUUUUGUUGAUUUAUUUUUUUGUUAUCGAACCACUAUAAAUGUGUUAUUAAUAUUUGAUCCAUGUUUUCACAACUGAAACAAGGGGUUCGCUCCACACAGAAUUUUCCUUUAUUAACCUGUUAUUCUCACACUAAGCUAUGUGAAAUUUGAAGAAUGACUAAUCGCGUCGGCAGCAGCUUUGAUGACAUUUCACAAUGUGAGUUUUCUAAAAUAGUUGGUUUUUCCAGUGUUUCUCGCUCAAUUAUUAUAGUUUUCAAACAGGCUAUAAUUAUGAAUAAUUCAAAAUUUUAUUAGAUUUGGAGCGGAUUCGCGAAGAGAAACGAAGCACAGAUGAUGUGAUCACUUCUCUGGAGCAAGACCGUCAAACGCUGAGUAGAAAGAUUGAAGUAGGGCUGGGAAGCUUGGUGUAUGUAUUCGAUUGAUAAUUAACAUUAGGAUCUUAUCCAAAAGAAACAGCUUGUGGAGCAAAGACUACAAAAAGAGGUCGAGCGACGGGAACGACAAGAGCGCGGCUUGAGAGACGCAAGUUUUAUUUUUCAAGGCAUUAAUUCUCAACUUUUUUUCCCUGUGAAAAACUCAUUUUAGAUUGAAUUGAAGUUUUUUCGUUCCAUAUAAUCUUGAAAAUUGAAUGUUUGUGUUUUUUGUCCAUAAUAUUAUUCUAGAGGAAUGAAUGUUUUUCCUAAUGAGAAAUUAUAUUCAACAACAAUUCAAUGAGAGUUCUUUUUAAAAUCAAAGCUAUUUACCACAUUGUCAGAACGGUUUUGUAGCCAAUUUCAGGAGAAAAACGUCGUUUUAGGCAGAAGAAACGUACGCGAAACUGCUCGAAUCGCAACAAACAUUGGUUGAUUUUGUCCGAAAAGAAUAUCAAGACACGAAACGCCGAAAAUAA